AAGUUGACAUAUUCCUAGUAAACCAUAGUGUAUUGGAAGUGAAAAAUAUAAAAACAAUGGCUCAAUGUAUGAAGAUGAGCUUGCUCUUUGUGUUUACUCUUCUUGCUUUUGCUCCUCUUUGCCUAUGUUGGAAGGGCAAUGGUGGCUACCUUUACCCUCAAUUUUAUGAUAAUUCUUGCCCUCAAGCUCAAGAAAUUGUUAAGUCUAUUGUAGCCAAGGCAGUUGCCAAAGAAGCUAGAAUGGCUGCCUCAUUGCUCAGGCUACAUUUUCAUGACUGCUUUGUCAAGGGGUGUGAUGCAUCAAUAUUGUUAGACAGCAGUGGAAGCAUAAUCAGCGAAAAGUUGUCAAAUCCAAAUCGAAACUCGGCCCGAGGAUUCGAAGUGUUGGAUGAGAUAAAAGCUGCAGUUGAAAAAGAAUGCCCUCACACAGUUUCUUGUGCUGAUAUCCUAGCCUUAGCUGCUAGAGACUCAACUGUUCUUUCUGGAGGACCAAGCUGGGAAGUUCCAUUAGGAAGAAGAGACUCAAGAGGUGCUAGCUUGAGUGGUUCUAACAACAAUAUUCCUGCCCCCAACAACACUUUUCAGACAAUUCUUACCAAGUACAAGCUUCAGGGUCUCAAUCUUGUUGAUCUUGUAGCCACUUCUGGAAGCCACACUAUUGGAAAUGCUCGAUGCACGAGCUUCAGGCAGAGGCUAUACAACCAGUCAGGAAACGGGCAACCGGAUUACACACUUGAUCAAUCUUAUGCCCGACAACUCCGCGGCCGCUGCCCUCAGUCUGGAGGUGAUCAGAAUCUGUUUUUCUUGGACUUUGCAAGUCCAACCAAGUUUGAUAACAGUUACUUCAAGAAUCUGCUUGCUUAUAAGGGUCUCUUGUCUUCUGACCAAAUUCUAUUCACAAAGAGUGAAGCAUCCAUGGAGUUAGUCAAGCAAUAUGCCGCGGACAAUCACCUUUUCUUUCAGCAGUUUGCUAAGUCCAUGAUCAAGAUGGGAAAUAUCUCUCCAUUAACAGGUUCCAGGGGAGAAAUCAGAAAGAAUUGCAGGAAAAUUAAUGCUUAGCUUCAUUCAUUACCUAUUUCAAUUUGUGUGCUAUUUGAUCUUUUGUACUCUCCUUGAUUGCUUUUUUGUAUCAUGUUUCUGCAUUUUAUUGUUGCUAAUACACAAUAAAGAUUGACAAAGAUGAAUUCUCCAUGCA